GCGCCUACUUUGUGGGUAUAAAAGCAAGUCGGUUGCAAUUAAUUCGACCAGACCCCAGAACGAAACAGAGUAACGCAUACUUGUGUAUAUAAAUAAUCCAUAAUCAUUUUCGUUCAGUUCAUUUGAAUUCAAAUGGCAUUUGUUUCUGUUUCGGACUUUGAGCAGAAGGCGCGUGUAGAGCUUGAGAAAAAUGCUCUUGAUUAUUACAAAAGUGGGGCUGGGGAGCAGCUUACUCUUCGAUUAAACCGAGAGGCAUUUCAAAGGUUGCGUCUACGUCCACGUUGCCUGCGUGAUGUCUCACAGCUGGAAACUAGCUGCAUGAUCUUGGGACACCACAUCGACUUGCCCCUGGGCAUUGCACCCGUGGCCAUGCAAAAGAUGGCGCAUCCUGAUGGCGAGGUAGGCAACGCACGAGCUGCCGGCGUGGCCGGUUGCAUAUUCGUUUUGAGUACUCUCGCGACCACUUCGUUGGAGGAUGUGGCCGCCGCGGCCCCUGAGACCUGCAAAUGGUUCCAGCUCUACAUAUACAAGGACCGUGCACUCACCGAGAGCCUAGUGCGGCGGGCGGAAAAUGCGGGUUUCAAGGCUCUUGUUCUGACCGUGGAUGCCCCAGUUUUUGGUCAACGUCGCGAUGAUGUGCGUAACAAAUUUAGCCUGCCAUCCCAUUUGAGUCUGGCCAACUUUCAUGGGGAACUGGCCAGCGGCGUGGUAUCUGAAAUGGGCGGCUCUGGACUCAACGAAUAUGUGGUUAGCCAAUUCGAUGCCACUGUCACCUGGCAGGAUAUCAAGUGGCUCAAACUGCUUACGCACCUACCCAUUGUUGUGAAGGGUGUACUUACCGCAGAAGAUGCUGAACUGGCGCGCGAGUUCGGCUGUGCCGGCAUAAUAGUCUCUAAUCAUGGCGGACGUCAAUUGGACUCCACGCCUGCCACAAUUGAGGUCCUGCCGGAGAUUGUCAAGGCUGUUGGUAAGGAUCUAGUUGUUAUGCUGGAUGGCGGCAUUCGGGAGGGCAACGAUAUUCUUAAGGCUUUGGCUCUUGGUGCCCAAAUGGUAUUUUUAGGUCGACCUUCAAUCUGGGCCCUCGCCUGUGAUGGUCAACGAGGCGUCGAGCAACUACUGGAACUUCUUAGAGAAGAUUUUAAAAUAUCAAUGGCGUUAACCGGUUGUCGCACAUUGGCUGAUAUCCAGGCAACAAUGGUAGUGCCAGAAUCGACCUAUCGGCGGCUAAAAUAAUUAUUAUUAUUUGAACAUAUAGUUAAAUUUAAAAUAUAUACUAACUUAUUUAUUAUUGUAACCGAUCUGGCUAUCCGAUGCUGUGUGGUUAUUCUCUACUAUUAAUUAUUAACAAAAUGUUAUUAGUUACAUACUAAAACAACUUAAAAGCAUCAAUGCCUAUUUUCGUCAAAGCUA